AUGUGUGAUCUUGUAUUACAUAUUGAUUCAGUUUGCUCUCAGCCACUAUCAUUAUUACGUAUUGAAACAAAUCGUUCAAUUACAAUGUCACAACGUCAAGCUGCUUCAUUGUUAGCUUGUGCAUUUUUCUGUUUAUUUCCAAAUCGUUCUCAUCAGACGUUAAGCAAAGAAUAUGAAAACUACCAAGAUCCAAAUUUUGAAACAUUAUUUCAACAUGGACCUCAAAGCAAAAUAGAAAAACUCAAAUGUAUUUUACAUUAUUUUAGACGUGUUACAGAAACGAUGCCCAAUGGUGUCAUUACUAUUCAACGUUUUGCAUUAUCCAGGAGUCGUUUUCCUCAAUGGCCUGAUUUAAACACAGGCCUCUGUGAUUUACAUUUGACAACGGGUAAAAAAAUCGAAGAUAUCAAUAGUGUAUUACAAGUUGACUUUGCUAAUAAAUAUAUCGGAGGUGGUGUUUUAAGUGCCGGUUGUGUACAAGAAGAAAUUCGUUUUACUAUUUGUCCUGAAAUGCUUGUUAGUUUACUUGUUUGUGAAAUGAUGCAGAAAAAUGAAUGUAUAUUUCUUAUUGGAUGUGAACGAUAUUCAUCAUACAAAGGUUAUGCCAAUUCAUUUCAAUUUGGUGGAAAUUAUGAAGAUAAGACACCUAGAGAUAGUUGGGGUCGAAGAUGGUGUCAUGUAGUAGCUAUGGAUGCUAUUUAUUUUCGUAGACCUUCAGAUCAAUAUAAUAUUAAACUUAUCGAACGUGAAUUACUUAAAGCCUAUACAAGUUUUCGUCCACUCGGAAAGGGAUCAGAUUAUGAGUUUGGUAUUGCUACUGGAAAUUGGGGUUGUGGAGCAUUCAAUGGUGAUAGACAAUUGAAAGCAAUAAUUCAAUUGAUGGCUGCUUCCGAGGCUAGACGUCCAUUAAUAUAUGCCGCUUAUGGUGAUAAAAAUUUGAUCACAUCAUUCUCUGUGCUUCAUGACUACUUGAAAGAGCAAGGAGCAACACCAUUCAAAUAUGAUCCAUCAAAUCCUGAACGUGAACCUUCAACAAGUUGUGUUCAAAAUCGAUCUGUUGAUCAAUUGGAUUCAGAUCCUGUUUUUAUGCCAUAUUCAUCAUACAAUCUUACUCGAAAUAAACAAUCGAUAUGGUUACUUAAUCAGCAAUCAUUAAUUAAUCUUAAGAAUAUGUGUGAUAAUCAUACGGCUACCAUAAAAGAUCUAAAACCACCACCAUUACUACGCACUGGAACAAAUCGUUCAGUCACAAUGUCACAACGACAAGCUGCUUCAUUGUUAGCUUGUGCAUUUUUCUGUUUAUAUCCAAAUCGUUCUGAUAAUAAACAGAAGAAAGGAUAUCGCAAUUUUCCAAAUCCAAAUUUCAAUGCAUUAUAUCAAAGUGGACAUCCAAAAAAAAUAGAAAAACUCAAAUGUAUUUUUCAUUAUUUUCAACGUAUUACCGAAAAAAUGCCAAAUGGUGUCAUUACUGUUCAACGUUUUGCAUUACCUAAACAUCUUUCUCCACAAUGGGCCGAUUUUACAACCGGUCUCUGUAACUUGCAUUUGACAACAGGACAAAAAAUAGAAGAUAUCAAUAAUGUAUUACAAGUUGACUUUGCUAAUAAAUAUAUUGGAGGUGGUGUUUUAAGUGCCGGUUGUGUACAAGAAGAAAUUCGCUUUAGUAUUUGUCCUGAAAUGCUUGUUAGUUUACUUGUAUGUGAAAAGAUGGAGGUUAAUGAAUGUAUAUUUCUUAUUGGAUGUGAACGAUAUUCAUCAUACAAAGGCUAUGCCAACUCAUUUCAAUUUGAUGGAGACUAUAAAGAUAACACACCUAAAGAUGAUUGGGGUCGAAAAUGGUGUCAUCUUGUAGCAAUGGAUGCGAUUUUCUUUCGUCAUGCAUCGACACAAUAUGAUAUGCAUUGUGCAGAUCGUGAACUACUCAAAGCUUACACUAGUUUUCGUCCACUAGAACAAGGAUUAGAUUAUGAAUUUGCUAUUGCUACUGGAAAUUGGGGUUGUGGUGCAUUUAAUGGUGAUAAAUAUGUGAAAGCCAUCAUCCAAUUAAUGGCUGCUUCUAAAGCUCGACGUCCACUUAUCUAUGCAGCUUAUCGUGAUAAAACUUUAGUGCAUUCAUUUGGUGUAGUAUAUGAAUACUUGAAAGCUCACAACGCAACAGUGGGAGGUUUAUAUUUAUGUCUUGAACAAUACUUUACUCAAGUUGAUCGAGGGUCACUAUUCGAAUAUAUUCUGAACAUACCUGUUUCAUUUCUUAAAUCUUAA